AUGUCCUUUUUUGGGUUCGAUAAGAAAGGCUCUCGUAACGGAUCCCAGGAGGAAGAUCCUAAUAAAGAAUUGGAUUUUGAAGAAACAUACCAAGGCUUUGGUGAACACGAGGAGGAAGAAGACGAUUAUUUAAAUGCUGAGACAUUUGGUGAUGGUGCAGAUUUAGGUAAUGAUUUUGAUUUUGGUUAUGGAAAGGAUUCUGUGUCAAAGGCGAAUAGCGCGACCGUAAAUUCAUCGUAUGUUCAGCCUACGGUUUCUUAUGCAGCAGCAGCUUCUUCUCAACCUCAGAAGUUUGAUGAAAAUGUAGAUUUGAAGCCAAUGGAAUCUCUAUGGAGCAACCAAUCUUUGCAAACUCCUGCACAACCACCUAAUCAAGGGGUACUUUCCUAUCAGCAUGUAGGGAGGCAGCAGCCUAAGCAGCAGCAGUCUCCACAGCAGCAGCAGUCUCCACAGCAAUCGCAGGCUAUUCCACCCCCUCCACAACAAGCCCAGAUAGCUAUGCCGCCUCCUCAUGGUUUUAUUGGUAUGCAACCUCAGGGAAUUCCUCCUCCAGGCUAUGCUUUUGCCCCUCAGGGUUAUGUUCAGCAGCACCCUCAACAGUAUCAAUAUGCUCCACAGGGAAUGCCACCCCAAUUUCAACACAUUCCUAUCAUUAUGAAUCAGCAGCUCACACAAUCUCAAGGUUCCAAGCCUCAGCAAGUGCAGCCCCCAAUGCCACCUCAAAUUGCUAUGCCGCCACCGCCACCGCCAGGUCUGCUACAAGAGCUCCCACAGCAUCAGCAACCUUCUGCGGUUAUAUCCCCGCAGCAGGCAUGUACCCAGCUAGCUGAACAACAACCACAGCAACAACCACAGCAGCAACCACAGCAAGAACAACAAGAACAACAACAAGAACAACAACAAGAACAACAACAAGAACAACAACACCUUUCACCUCCUUUUCAACGGCAAUCUCCACUUUCUCAACGUGGGUUGGUGUCACCUUCUCAGCAAAAUGAAAUCCUUACUCCUCCACAUACUCCAAGGGAGUUCCGUCGUAGCACUAUGAGGAGACACCAUGAACCACUUACUGAAGAAGAACAAAAGCGCCUGCAAAUCCGCCAGGCUAAGGUCGACAAGAUUUUGAGACACUCAGGUGUUAUGACUCCCCGUGAUAAGGACUUUAUUACUCGUUAUCAAUUAUCACAAAUUGUGACCGAAGAUCCUUAUAACGAAGAUUUCUACUUCCAGGUCUAUAAAAUAAUUCAACGCGGUGGGAUCGUUGGAGAAUCAAAUAAAGGCUUAAUUGCUCGAGCUUACUUAGAACACUCUGGACACCGCCUGGGGGGGCGUUAUAAGCGUGCGGAUGUUGCACUUCAACGAAUGCAGUCGCAGGUUGAAAAGGCUGUUACCGUCGCCAAGGAAAGGCCUCAAAAGAACAAGGAUUUAGAUAGCGCCAAGGAAGGUGUGUUGGGCAAGAUAUCCUCUACUAUGAACUCUAGAGCGCCUCGCAGGCAGCUACAAAUUCCUACUCACAAGGAAGAUGAAUCUGAUCAUGAUGUGUUGUCAGCUGUAUCUUCGAGCGCUUUAGAUGAAGUGAAUCACUCUUUGGAGAGUGUAGACAUCAGCAAGUCCAGAGUCAGAAGGAGAUCGUCUUAUAUCUUUAGUUCUAUGGACCAAAGUUCUAUUUUGUCGCGUUCUGGAGGUAGAAAGUUUGUGUUGUCUCUGAUUGAGUCAAUAUAUAAAGAAGUUUUGGAAUUAGAAGCACAGUUAAGAAGUGGCAAACAGGCUGAAGCUACUAAGCUAUGGGAGGUUCUACACAUUGAUGAUGAUUCCCACGAAGUUAGUCCAUUCAUUUCUAUUCUAUCAUUUGACAAGGGUGUAAAAAUAAUGCCUAGAAUCAUGAACUUUUUAUCCAAAGAACAGAAGAUGAAAUUGUUUUCUUGUUUCUUCAAUGAGCUAUCUCAUCUUAAUAUCAUUGUGAAGAGUUCUUACAAGACGAAUCCAAUGCCAACAGAUUCUCAGUUAAAGAAAAUUGAACUAUUCCAGUCUGCAUUUUUGAAAAUUAUUGUUUCAUUUUUAUCAAAUAGCGCCGAAUUUAUCGAAGUUAUCGGCUUACUUUUGUGUUUGAUUAGAAACAACAAUAUAUCGUUCAUAAGCACUUCAAAGAUUGGGUUGAACUUGAUUACUGUGUUGAUCUCUCGUGCUGCGUUAAUCAAACAAGAUAUUAAUAGAGGCAAUGCCUCUUCUAUGGCAGAACUAUCUACUUGGAAUGAAAUUUAUGAUAAAUUAUUCACCUCUCUCGAGACCAAAUUAUUGGCUGUUUUCCCACCCAAGGAGUAUAUGGAUGCUAUUAUCAGUGUCACCUACCAAGCUCUUGGCAGCGGUAGCUCGAAUUCCGGGUCGGGUGAGACGCCCCAACCGCUAAACUAUUCUUUACCUCAGUUCUACGACCAGUCGUACAUUUGGCAAUUUUUUGCUUCUUUGGCUUUAUCAGGAAAACUAAACCAUCAAAGGAUUAUUAUUGAUGAAAUUAGGGAUGAGAUAUUUGGUACUAUCUCCAGAGCCGAAGAAUUAAGUAACCAAUCACAAGACCCAUCCUUCGCCUACCAGAAAGAUAAGAUGUAUCAAGAUUUGAAUUUGUUUUUGAACGUUAUUGGCUUGGUUGCUCGUGACGGUGAAAUAAGUGAGCUAAAAUAA